AUGCCGCCGCCGCACCUCCACCCGCGGUCGCGCAUGACCUCGUCGCUCUUUGCGACCACCGUCUUUGCCAGCUUCUUUGUCGUGGUCCUGCCGCACGUCCUGCCGUGCCCGGCGCCACGCGUCGCGUUGGCCGACGGGCAGAUGGCCGAGGUGGCGGCCGACGGUACCGUGGCCCCGCAGCAGCGCAGACGGCGGCGGAGACGGUUGCAAGACGAGGUGAUGGAGACCGCGGCAUCCGCGCCCGUGCAGGUCGAGCGCGACGCUGAUGGCAUGGCGCGGUUUGCCAUGGAGACGGGCCAGCGGGUGACGAGCGACAGCGAAGCCUCCGCAUCCUCCUCCCUCUCGCCGAGUCCACGGCGGACCACCCGCGCGUGUCCGGUUCCGAAACCAGGCGGGAUUGUUGGCGAGCUGCUGGGUUUUGCGCGAGGCGAUGCCAGUCAACAACAACAACAACAACAACAGCAGCAGCAGCAGCAGCAGCAGCAGCACUUGUUGCAGUCACAACACCAGACACAACGGCAAUCACUACCACACCCGCCAUCGUUGGAAAAAUAG